UAUUUCUCAUUCUUCGUGCAGAGGCUCAUAGGCAUUUUCUUCUCUGUGUCAAACACUCUCUCUGCCAAACACUCUGUUAGUCCCUUUCCUGUUGACAACAAUGUCUCGCCGUGGUGGUGGCCGUCGUUCCGAAUCGCGCAGGGAGCAGCCUUCUCCUCCAACGCCGGCUGUCCAGAGCGGCGGUGGCCGUGGUAGGGGUCGUGGAGGCUCCGGCGCAGGCAGAGGCGCGCCUGGCUUCGCUUCUGGUGUUCCUCAGGCGGGUACCUCUUCGGCUCCUGCUUCCUCUCAGGCUGUUCCUGCGGCAUCUGCGGGGCCUCGGACUGCGGUUCCUCGGACUGUGGCAUCUGCGGUGCCUCGGACUGCCGCAUCUGCGGUGCCUCCGCCCGCUGCAUCUGCGGUGCCUCCGACAUCCGCUUCCAAGAUAGCUUCUACGUCGACUGCAUCGGUUGCGUCGUCUUCGGCUACUGAGUUAAGCCGUGAAGUUGAGCAGAAGCUGGUGUUACAGGCUCCCCCUCCUUCGUCUAAGAAGGAUCUCAGGCAUCCUGCGAGGCCAGGUUAUGGUUCCCUGGGGACGAAGUGUCUUGUAAGGGCUAAUCACUUUCUUGUUGAAGUUGUUGAAAAGGAUCUCCAUCACUAUGAUGUGUCCAUCACCCCUGAAGUGACGUCCAAAAAGAUAAACAGGGAUGUGCUGAAGAAACUUAUUAACACAUACAGAGAGUCUCACUUGGGUGGAAGGAUCCCCGCUUAUGAUGGCAGGAAGAGCAUAUUUACAGCUGGUCCACUACCUUUUGAAUCAAAUGAAUUUGUUGUGAAGCUAGAUGUGAAUGAAGAUCGUGCUAGAUCAUCUGGCUCUACUAGAAGUGAACGGCAAUUUAAGGUGGCAAUUAAAUUUGCUGCGAAGGAUGAUAUGCACCAUCUUUCUCAGUUCUUACGAAGUAGACAAAUGGAUGUUCCACAGGAAACAAUACAGGCCCUGGAUGUUGUUCUCAGAUCAACUCCGUCAGAGAGGUAUGUUGUUGUGGGACGGUCUUUUUUCUCACCUGAUCUUGGUGGAAGGGGUGAGCUUGGUGAUGGCAUGGAGUAUUGGAGGGGAUACUAUCAAAGUCUCCGUCCUACCCAGAUGGGACUCUCCCUUAAUAUUGAUGUGUCUGCAAGAGCAUUUUAUGAGCCAAUUGCAGUGAGUGACUUUGUUGCCAAGUUUUUGAACGUUAGGAACGUAUCUAGACCUUUAAAUGAUCAAGAUAGAAACAAGCUGAAGAAGCUUUUGAAAGGAUUAAGGGUUGAGCUUAACAAUGGACAGUUUACGAGAUCAUAUAAGAUCAAUGGCAUAUCUGCUCAGCCUAUAGGCCAAUUGACGUUUCCACUUGAGGACAAUCACACACGAAUGUCAGUUGUGCAAUAUUUCCAUGAGAAAUAUAAUAUUCGGCUUCAGCAGAUUUCUUUACCUGCAAUUCAGGCUGGCAAUGAAGCACGGCCGGCCUACUUGCCUAUGGAGCUAUGCAAAAUUGCUGCUGGACAGAGAUAUACUAGGAAGUUAAAUGAGAGACAAGUAACUGCCCUGCUAAGAGCUACUUGCCAACGUCCUGAACAGAGAGAAAAUAGCAUCAAUCAGAUGGUUAGGCACAACAAUUACAGUGGAGAUGAGCUUGUGCAUAAAGAAUUUAGCAUUCAAGUUCAAGAGGAUUUCUCAUUGGUUGAUGCACGAGUUCUGGCACCUCCAUUGCUGAGAUAUCAUGAAAGUGGGCGGGAACCUAGGGUUGAACCCCGCACAGGGGCAUGGAAUAUGAUUAACAAGAAAAUGGUCAAUGGCGGGACAGUGAAGUACUGGACGUGUGUUAAUUUUUCGAGAAUGAACCCAGAUUUGGCAUUUCGAUUCAGUCAACAAUUGGUGGAGAUGUGCAUGAGCAAGGGAAUGGUAUUUGAUCGGCAGCCUAUGCUGCCCAUACAGUCAGCUCAUCCGAGUCAGAUAGAGAAAGUUCUUGUGGAUAUCCACCAGCAAUGUACUUCCAAGCUUGUGAAGGAGCCUGGGAAACAACUUCAGCUAUUGAUCAUCAUACUACCUGAUGCUACUGGAUCAUAUGGCAAAAUCAAGAGAAUUUGUGAGACUGAAUUAGGGAUUGUGUCUCAAUGCUGCCAGCCCAAGCAAGCGGCAAAGCUUAACAAUCAAUAUUUAGAAAAUGUGUCCCUCAAGAUCAAUGUGAAGGUUGGGGGCCGAAAUACUGUCAUCCAUGGAAGAUUGCCGCUUGUGAGUGAUCGCCCUACAAUUAUUUUUGGUGCUGAUGUAACCCAUCCACAACCGGGGGAGGAUUCUAGUCCUUCUAUUGCUUCGGUGGUGGCCUCUAUGGAUUGGCCUGAUGUGACCAUGUAUAGAGGACUAGUAUCUGCUCAAACUCACCGACAGGAAAUCAUUGAAGAUCUUUAUAAGACUGUUGUGGAUCCUCAAAAGGGUUUGAUUCAUGCUGGAAUGGUUAGGGAAUUGUUAAUCGCAUUCAGGAGAUCAACUAACCGCAAACCUGAUAGAAUUAUCUUUUACAGAGAUGGUGUAAGUGAAGGGCAGUUUAGUCAGGUUCUACUGUAUGAGAUGGAUGCAAUUCGUAAGGCUUGUACAUCACUAGAGGCGAACUACCUCCCACCAGUGACAUUUGUUGUGGUGCAGAAAAGACAUCAUACGCGUCUGUUCCCUUCUGAUCAUAAGAAUCGUGCGCUGACAGACAGGAGUGGCAACAUACUACCAGGAACUGUUGUUGAUACGAAAAUCUGUCACCCGACAGAGUUUGAUUUCUACCUGAACAGUCAUGCUGGAAUCCAGGGAACUAGCCGCCCCACGCACUAUCACGUGCUGUAUGAUGAGAAUCGCUUUACUGCCGAUGCAUUGCAGACGUUGACUAAUAAUCUCUGCUACACGUAUGUCAGAUGUACCAGAUCAGUUUCCAUAGUGCCUCCUGCAUAUUAUGCUCAUUUAGCUGCUUUUAGGGCACGGUACUACAUGGAGGAUGAUGGAUCUUCUGGUGGAGCUAGGGAUGGACUUCCCUCAAUCAUGGAAAACGUUAAAAACGUUAUGUUUUAUUGCUGAAUUGGGGCAUUUUGAUACACUCCUAUUGGUUACAAUCAUAGUUUAUUUUGGUGUGCCCAUGGGUUUGGUUUGGUGGUGGUUUUUGGAUAUGGUAGUUUCUUUUAUGAUCGAGAACUGGUUUUACUUGAAUGUAAGUUACCAAGGGAUGUUAGAUGUUGGUCAGUUUCAAAAGUUAAAAGAGUAUCCAAAUUGUUGAGGCAAUUAAUUGUUUUAGCUUGAAACAUGCUUAUUAUACCUGCUAAGUUUGUGAGUCGGAUAAUAUAUUUUGUAAAUGUAAGCUAUUUCAUUUGAUUUUU